AGAGUUUCCGCCUCCCUGUGAAGUUGACGGCGGGUGACCUGGAGUUCUCUAGGACCCAGCGGAGCCAGUCGCCAGGUGGCUGCCCGUGUCGCUCCUCCGUCCGUCGUCCAGGUCCAGAUGACAGAUCCACGGAGGCUCAGUAUGUAGCUCUGCCACUCCGACACAUCACCCGACACACACCUCUCAGCUGUUUUCCCUCGUGUUUGCGCGGUGAUAAUGGUGUGAAGAUGGCCAAGCGACCUGGGACCGACGACGGGAUGCUGACUUCUCCGACCAUUCUCCGGGAUUUCUCCGGCGAUUUAACCUCCGGAGACGUGAACAUGGACUGCUGCGACGGAGCCGAGGAGGUCUCCUUGGAGGAAAUUCUGACUCUCUACAGCCAGCCGAUUAACGAGGAGCAGGCGUGGGCAGUGUGCUAUCAGUGUUGCCGGACUUUUGCGCAGAAACACCGGAGGAAAAGCUCCAAGUCCACCGGUGCCUCGGCAACGGAGUAUCCGAGGAAGAUUGAGGGACCGGCGGAUGUGAGAAUCGCGAGAGACGGGACCGUGAAACUGCGCAUCGAUCAGAGCACAGAUAAAUACCAGCCGGCCCCCACGUCACUAGAGGUGAUUGACUCUCUGGGCGUCAUGAUCUACAAAGCCCUGGAUUACGGCCUCAAAGAGAACGAGGAGCGCGAACUCAGCCCACCGCUGGAACGCCUGAUCGACAUGAUGACCAACACGGAGGAAACCGAGGAGAGCGACCCCUGUCCCGACGAGGGCUACGAGGCCACGGAGGAGGAGGACGAGGGCGAGGAGGAAGAGGAGAAGAAGGAGGACCUAGUUGCUGCUGCCUCCGCUGGCGCAGUCAGCAGCAUCCAGAGCUAUCGAGACAUCAUCACGAUAUGUUCGUCCCACCUGCCCAGCCCGUCAGACGCCCCCAACCACUACCAGGCGGUGUGUCGGGCUCUCUACGCCGAAGCCAGGGAACUGCGCACCUUCCUAGAGAAGAUCAAGAGCGCGAAGGAGAACCUUCGCAAGAUGGAAGGUGAGACGCGGGAGGAAUCCAAUCAAGACCUCGAUGAGCUGCAAAAUGCAGACUGGGCACGGUUCUGGGUGCAGGUGAUGCGGGAUCUGCGACACGGUGUGAAGUUGAAGAAGGUUCAGGAGCGUCAGUACAACCCACUACCGAUUGAAUACCAGCUCACACCUUAUGAAAUGCUGAUGGACGACAUCCGCUCCAAGCGCUACAAGCUGCGAAAAGUCAUGGUGAAUGGUAACAUACCUCCAAGGUUAAAGAAGAGUGCACAUGAGAUCAUCCUUGAUUUCAUCAGGUCACGACCUCCUCUCAACCCGGUCGCGGCCCGUAAACUCAAACCUCACCCUCCGCGUCCCCGGAGUCUCCACGAGCGCCUGCUGGAAGACAUCAAAGCUGAGAGGAAGCUCAGGCCGGUCUCACCAGACAUGAUCCGCAGAAACCGCCUGGGUGCGGGGAAAAGCAUCAGCACCCCUCAGGACCUGUUCCGCAGUACAGACACUCCCGACUCUCACAGGAAGUUGACGGUCAGCACCCAGUCUCUAGCCAGCGGCACCGCGGGACCCAGCCAAGGUGGAGCGCCGCCGCUCAGCCAGAGGAAGAGGCUGCUCCGAGCGCCCACGCUGGCCGAGCUGGACAGCUCUGAAUCUGACGAGGAGCCCACGCGGAGUAGCUCCAGCGUCUCCACGUCUUUGAUUGAGGACACGUCUCCCGAGUCUGUCGUGGGGAAAAAGGCUCCUCCACAGUUCCUUCCCAUCUCCGCCCCCCCUCAGCCAGACAAGCGCCAGUCUCCACAGAGGAGGCACUCUAUCGAGAAGGAAGCCCCGACGAGCGUCCGGCCUUUCGUGGGACUAUGCAGGCAGAGCUCCAAGUCUUUGCUGACGUCCAAUCCCAGCGCCAAGGUGGAAGCCGCCAGUGGCACUAAGGGCACGGAGGAGUUCUGUUACCCGGUGGAGUGUCUGACGCUGACGGUGGAUGAGGUGAUGCACAUCAGACAGGUGCUCGUCAAGGCCGAGCUGGAGAAGUUUCAGCAGUACAAAGAGGUCUACAACGCUCUCAAGAAAGGAAAGCUUUGCUUUUCGUGUCGGACCAAAAAGUUCUCACUAUUUACCUGGGCCUACACCUGCCAGUUCUGCAAAAGGCCCGUGUGCUCCCAGUGUUCGAAAAAGAUGCGGCUGCCGUCUAAGCCCUACUCCACUUUGCCCAUCUACUCUCUGGGCCCCAGCGCCAUGGCUAAAGACGAGGCGGGCGCUUCUUCCGCUGCAGCCGAGGCCGACAAGAAUCCGUUUGGGCCUGCACACACCCGACACAGCCUGCGCAGGAGUUUCAAGUUUUCCAAGCAAAGCAGCGGGGGCGGUGGCGGCAGCGGAGGCAGCAAAGAUGGACACUCACAGGACGAGCCGGAGCUGCCCAAAGAGCUGACUGAGGACUGGGUCACCAUGGAGGUCUGUGUAGACUGUAAAAAGUUCAUCACGGAGAUCAUCUCGUCCAGCAAGCGCAGCCUGUGCGUGGCCACCAAGCGAGCCCGGCUCAAUCGCAAAACCCAGUCCUUCUACAUGUCAUCGUCCAGCUCGGUCAACUUCAGGCCCUCGGAGCGCACCAUCAAUGAGCUGUAGAACUUCAGUCAUUCAGUAGUAAUAACAAUAAUAAUAAUAAUAAUAAUAAUAAAAAAAUCCCCUUAAUAUAUCACAGACUGAUUCACUGCAAUGUAAAUAUGAAUGGAAAAUGAACAAAAAAAAAGAAAAAGUAACCACAAAUCCCUUUUUGACGUUAGUAAAGGUUUUUUACACCUUAACCCCGCUCAGGAAAAGAUGCCAUCGUUGGUCAGGACGGUGCAGUAGCUGCCACGCAUAACAAAGGACGGCCAUGUUUUCUGUAAGUGGCAGUCACGCGUUCAGGGUAUGUCGGGAAAAAAACGAGCCGCUGAUGGCACCUUUGAACCAGGUGAGGAUGUACUUUCAUCACAGAAGUGGUACGGAAAGCCAAGAGUUCAAGUUAUAUCAUGUAAAUAGUUCCCGAUUGUUCAGUUUAGCUAUCACUACGUUUUCCAGUUCCUGUUUACUUCUAGCACUCAGGAAGAACAACAGAUUGUCUUUUUUGACAGAAAUGCACUGUAGAUCCUUGUCAGGUCUGUCGGGGUAGAUCUUUAACAGUCCCCUGCCCCUUCUCUUACUCUUCCAGCAACAAAUAUGCCAAAUGUUACAUCCGUCAUUUUUGUUUAAGCUAGAUUCAACGCGUAUACACCGUUAUCUCAUGUUGCUGAGACGACACGUUGAGGGGGGGGCGGGGUUAUUUUUCUGGGUGGGUUUUAGUUUAAAUGUAUAUUCGAUUCUGUGCCUGGUGCCAAAAUGUAAUUUCUCUGAAUGCCUUUGUAGUUGUAGAUCUGUUGUACAUAUGUGCGAUAAAGUAAAUGGGCGGGCCGGGGAUUUCGGGGCCAUCUGGGGUUUGGUUUCUUGGCCUUUCACGCUCCAUACUGGGCUAUAGAAGCGCAGACAUGUAGGCUUUGUGAAUGUGUACAUGCUGUAUAUCUUUAUUGUUCCAAAAUGAAAUUUAAUAUAAGAACACAGAACCAAGUCGGAGUAUAAUUUUACCGUGUUUUAAGAUUUCUGCCUCUAGAGUUUCUUUAUUUGAAAUCGUUCAUUUAUUAAUAUUAUCAUCAUGUUUCUGUUGAUGUUAUAUUAAGAUUUUAUUUCCGUUGUGUAGUUUAGAAACUCCUUCCCCCCUCUAAAUCACAUAUAGCACUUUUAUCUGACCUGUUUAUGUUGGGUUUUUGUCUUAAUUCAUUAUAAUUACUACAUUUUUUUUCAGUGCCAUUUCCCGGGGUUCCUCAUGAAUGAAGAUGUGCGUGAAUGACUGCUGGUUGUUUCCCCACAAAGGAAUGAUGAAUAAAAACAGACACCAGAGUUGAAUGUAGGCAUUUAAAGUGUAUCGCUGUCAUUGAAACAUGCUUUAUGAACACUUUAUCUCACACACACACACACACACACACACACACACACAUACAUGUUCAUAGGGUGUUUUGUGACAGUUGUUACCAAAUAAACACAAAGACUAACCAGCCUGGUAAACAACGAUGCCAUGUUCCAACAAAAUACUCCAAUCAGACCUGUUUUAUUUCCAACCUCUGUCAGGAAUGUGUGCAUGCUGUAUUGUGAUCUGUUUGUUUUUAUCAUGGAAAUUAUAAUAAAAUCAUCAUGAUUCUUA